AUGUCUUUCCGCAGCUCUGAACGUCCGCAAGGCGGUCACAGCUCAAGUCCCAGGAGCUCCCUCUAUCCAGAAACCCAACAAAACACCGCUCAGCUCAUUGAAUCACUCAACACCCAUCGCGUAAACACCCUUACGGAACUAUGCAGAAUUGAAAGAAUAGCUGCAACUUCCAACGAGGAAGAAAUGCGCCUUUUUCAAGAGCCCAUGACCGCAGCCUGGACCUACUACGUCACAUCCAAUAAUCUCCUUAACGAACUCCGCAACCUGACUCGGAACUACGCGUUCAGCAGCGAGCUACUUGAUGAUUCUAAAUGGAGAGUGAGUAGUGAUCCGAACAGUAACCGGAGUUGGAAUUAUGCGUGGUUGAUUUUGAUCAAGAUACAGGAUGAUGGGAUGAUCCAAACGUAUGCAACGAGUGAAGCGAUUAAGCCUGAAAUGUGGGGAGGUCGAUUGCCAGAAGCUGAAGAGGCGGUUCAACUCGCUGCUUGCUUUACGUAUGAGUGGCAAGAAGCUCUUGGUCAAAUGUUGAGACAUUGGGAUACUCCUCCAACGACUACUGGGUACUAG